UAGUAUUCUAAAUAAUAUCGUCGCGCAAACAUGAAUUUCAAAAUAGUGUGUCUCUGCGUGACGUUUUAUAUGAGCAUUGCUCUAGCUGAAAAUGAACUUAUCGUCGAAACAAGUUUGGGUAAAAUCAAAGGGUCUAUUUUGAAAACAAGUAAAAACCAUGAAUUCAAAGCGUUUCGAGGCAUAAGAUAUGCCCAACCACCUGUAGGUGAUAAGCGUUUCAAGGCACCAGUAAGUGUUACGAAAUGGCCAAGUGAAAAUAUUCUUGAUGCAACAAAAGAUGGAAACAUUUGCCCUCAGCCAAGAUAUCCAAAUGAGAUUAUGUCAGAAGAUUGCUUAGUACUGAAUGUGUAUACUCAUGAUGUGAGGGUAAAUAAACCGGUUAUGGUUUACAUUCAUGGAGGUUCAAAUUUUCUCGGUACCGGUAAUAGCCAAUCGGAAGCAGGACCAGAUUUAUUAAUGAACCAGGACAUUGUUUUGGUCACUAUGAACUACAGACUUGGAGCAUUGGGUUUUCUUAGUACUAAAAACUCGGAUGCUCCCGGUAAUUAUGGAUAUCUCGAUCAAGUGAUGGCUCUGCAAUGGGUACAAGAUCAUAUUUCAAACUUUGGUGGGAACCCGAAGUCAGUUACGAUAUUUGGCAUGAGUGCUGGUGGAAUGGCUGUGACUCUUCAUAUGGCUUCACCAUUAUCUAAGGGACUUUUCCAUCGAGCAAUUGCUAUGAGUGGUUCGGCGACAAGUCAUUUUACGGUCGAUAAUGUUGGCUGGACUAGGAAACUUGCUUAUCUUGUGGGCUGCCCAAUGUACAAUAGCAAGGACAUAGUCGAUUGUUUGAGGAAUGUUUCAUGGGAAAAGGUUAUCGAAGCGUGCAAAACGUAUGAGCCUUAUGGUUUUAUUGAUGUCAAGUGGAACUAUGAAGUAGAUGGGCAUUUUCUCAUGGACACACCAACGAAUGUCUUCGCUAGGGGCGAGUUCAACAAAGUUCCAUUAAUGGCAGGAAUAACCAAAGAUGAACUCACCUAUUUCAAUAUCUAUCAACAUGCUACCAACAAGGGCUUUUUGAAUGAUCUAAGCGUAAAUUUCGACAAGUAUGCCCCCGAUAUUUUUACAUUUGCCUUAGAAAAAAACGCAGCUGAAAAAAGCAAACAAAUUCAGAAGUUCUAUCUGAAGGACAAACUUAUUCAGGAUCAGCCUUUUAGUAAUUUUGGAGAGAUUUUCUCAGACGCUAUUAUUGGUCAUGGAAUUUAUAGAUUAGUUCAUUUGGCAAGAAAAUAUGUUGAUGUGUACUAUUAUCGAUUUGACUACGAAGGAAAGUUCAGUUUGUUCCCCGAUGAAAAUGGCAAACCAAGAGGGGUUUUACACGCCGAUGAUCUUCAGUAUAUAUUUUAUUUCGACCUGAUUCCGUCCACUGAUGAAUCUGAUAUCUUUAUGGCUGAAAGGAUUGGAAAUUGGUGGGCAUCAUUUGCAAAAACUGGAGCCCCUAGUGACAUUGAAGGCAUCAAGUGGCUGCCGUCAACUAGAAAAAGUGUCCAUACAAUGUACAAUGAUAAGGAAAUUCGCCUUGGCGAGGAACCGUUUUUAGAUAGAUAUGCCCUUUGGGAUGAAUUAUUUCCAGUAGAAAAUAGUGUCAAAAGAAAUUUAAAAAAUGACGAACUUUGAUUCUUAAGAAAUUUAAUAAUAAAAUUAAAAAAAGAAGAAAUAGUCAAA